AUGUCCUAUGAAGACGAAGACUAUUUCCUCCCACUUGAAGACCAGCGCGUCUUUGGCGCAGGCAUCACGCGAAAGCGUGUUCCUUUCGUAAAAUCAUCUGAGUUGUCGACGCUCACUUCCUCCGCGCCCGCCACGCCCGCUUCCACGGGGUCUAGCAUAGCAAACACAUACCUCUCGAUUGUCAUGCCAAAGGCGUCAGUCUCAGACUCAAACUCUGCCACAGCGCCAAUAUCAGAAACGUCUUCUGUCACCGCCGAAUCUGUCGUGAACACCCCCGCGAACACCACCGCUGACGACCGCAGCCAUUCCGCACCUCCCCGGCCAACCUCAAACACGCCUUCAACAUGCGAAGUCUGCAAUCUCCCACUCGCUUCCUCUUCCUCUGGAACACAAGACGACAAACUUCAUGAAUCAUCCAUUGCACAUCAAGUCUGUCUUACUCAUUCUCAUCCGCCUUCUCACCUUGAUCGAACCAGUCACGGACUUCGAUACCUUGAGUCUUACGGCUGGAAUCCAGAUAGCCGGCUAGGCCUCGGAGCUACGGGGCGGGAGGGGAUUAGAGAACCGUUGAAGGGGAAGUUGAAGGCUGAUACGGUGGGACUGGGGGCUGUCCUUCCCUCUCCUGUGUCUGUGGAGAAGAGGAAAAAGGACAAGAUUCAAAAGUUGAAUGCGAAGCAAGUUAGGAAGGGGCAUAUGGACGCGAGGAAGAAGGGCGAGAAGCUACGGGAGAUAUUUUAUCAGGAUGAUGAUGUGCUGAGGUACCUCGGUGCCGGGUGA